CCCUUCUAAUAUGGUAACAAGCAGAGUUAGAACAGCCAUGGCUUUAAAGAUCAAGACUCUUCUUUUGGCUCUUCUCUUGCUUUUCUUGUCCUUUACUUCAGGUUUUGUUGAAGGCUUUAGGGAAAACAUGCAUCCUUCAGCUGGUCACUUGCUUUACAAGGAUGGUAUGAAGAUGAAGUCGAGGAAACUGUUUGGCCAUGAAUAUGUGCUGGAUUACGAUGAAGGAGGAGCCAGCGGAAAGCAUAAAAAGCCUGGCAAGAGCCGUUGAUGACCUCUGUCCUGAUCGUGUAAUCAUGUCAUAUCAUAUAUAUAUAUAUAUAUAUAUAGAUAUAUAUAUAUCUUCUCUCUCUUACGUUUCUCAAAGUGCUGUUCUCAUGUUUGAGCAGACAUGGUACAAACAUAGAAGAGUUCCUUCAUGUGUGUGUAAUGAGGCAAUACGGUGUGGUAUUUUAGCAUGUACUCAAGCCGCUGCUCAUGUAUGACCCCACAAGAGAAGUUAAAAUAAAGUCUUACCUUCCAUUUUCUA